AUGUAUUCCUCGGAGGAACCGGACGACGUUACAACUUUUCCACAGGCCUGGACUGCAGGCGUUCCUUUCCUCGUCGCUCUUUCGUGCUGUCCCGCCGCCUGCUCCGCAUUCCCAGGGGCCGCCUGCUCCUCACCACAUCUACACCCAGGCGGCGGCAAGGGCGGGGCUUCCAUGAGCAGGACGGCGGCGGCCUCGUGGCGGCGUCGCCCGUCGGCGAAGGGAGCCGUGGAGCCGGAGGCCGCUGGAAUUCCUCGGACGCUGCAGCUCGGCGCCAUGAUCCUCGUCUUGUGCGUCCUGAACAUCUACUUCAAUAUUUACAACAAGCCGGUUCAGAGAGUAUUUCCCUUCCCAUACACCAUCACCACCUUCCACUUCGCAUUCAGCUCCUUCUUCAUCACUCUCAUCUGGCUGCUAAACCUGCAUCCCAAACCAAGGCUCUCCCUUCAACAGUACGCAAAGAUCCUUCCUUUGGCGCUAAUACACGUGAUGGCCAUUGUCUUCGCCAACAUGAGUUUGGGCAAGGUGGCGGUCUCCUUCACGCACACCAUCAAGGCAGGGAACGCCGUUCCACUCUCCGUCUUGUUGCUCAGGCAGACACCUUCUCUACUUGUAUUAGGUUCUCUCGGGUCGGUUGUUGGUGGAGUUGUACUGGCAUCUAUGACUGAAAUUUCUUUCAACUGGAUAGGAUUUUGCAGUGCCAGGGAUUCCAAUGACCAAUCGCGAAAUGCUUUCAGCAAGAAAAUUCUUGCUGAUAAAGAGGAAAAAUUGGACUAUAUAAAUCUCUUUUCAAUUAUGACUAUCAUGUCAUUUUUGUGUUCGGUCCCGUUAACGCUAUAUCUAGAGGGCAUAAAGUUUAGCCCGCUGUUCCUACGGAGCACUGGGUUAAAUCUUCAAGAACUAUGCCUGAAAGCGGGCAUUGCGGCCACUUGUUUCCAUUUUUACCAACAGGUUUCAUAUAGUUUAUUGGCCAGAAUAUUACCUGUAACCCGUUCUCUUGCAGACUUCUUCAAACGAGUUGUCAUCAUAUCAUAUGUUCUCUUCUUCAGAACUCCAAUUUCACCUAUAAAUGUCCUUGGAACUGGUCUGCCUCUACUCGGUGUUUUCAUGUACUCUAGAUUCAAGAAAGCAAAAUCAAAGACAAAUGCUGCAUAAAAAUAGUUUAUACUAGACGCGUUGUCGGGCUCGUCUAUUUUUUGAUAGAAUAAUAGAAAUAUCCAUACCAAAUAUUGGAGUAAAUUUGCAUAAUCUAACCCAUAUAUUGAUUAGCCCUUGAAGAGGAAUUUAAUCUGAUUGAAAGUAGAGCCAUUGUAGAGGAGCUAGUAUGCACUAUCUUUCUCUAUGAUUAUGAGGGCAUAUGAAGUGCAAAAAUCUUUGUGAAGAAAAACACAACUUGUAUCAUAACUGAUCUGAUUGUAUUAUCUAGACAUUGUAGGAAAACAAA